AUGCACGCGCUCCGUGUCUGCGGUGUACUACGAAACAUUCUUGGCGGUAAUGUCGUGCACGUUGCGAACGAUAUACGGAGACCACCGGCGCUGGAUAGCCUUGUCGAGGGGAACGGCAGCGGCGACCUCGCGGGCUAUGACCGCCAUCAUAAGAAGUGGCACGCGAAUUAUCCCGCUGUAAUUCCCGCGAAGAGUUGCUGCAAUUCUCCACCCCCGCUAUCGAGGCAAAUUCUGGAACCGCAGCAGGAUGCCCAUGGCAACGAGCACUAUCACAACGAGUCGUGUGUCGAGCAUUUCACGAUCAACACUACCCUCGAAUCUACUGUCGGAAGUCAUGAUGCUUCAUUUGCUGAACGCCCGACUUCGGCAUGGCACUUGAUAAACAACUACACCAUUGACACCUACAACGGCGAAAUACGCCCCAUCUGUGGACAUUACGCCCAUCAGUUCCCUACAUCAGGACCUGAAAUUGACAAGGAUGACUGGGUGGUCUGUUUUAAGCCCAUUCCGCUCUUCUCCCGCGUGUCUUUCCCGUGCGAUACGUCUCGGUGUACUUCAUUCCCACUUCCCAGCAAGCAUUCAUACACCAACAGGUCACCUCGUCUGCGAGGUCUGUCUCACACUCUCUGUCGCCUUUCCGCACACUAUCUCGAACCCGUCCACAUCUACAUCACAACUCUCCUCAGCGCACGUAAUCCCAAAAUGGCUGAUUGCGCAAUGUAUUGUUGA